AUGACUGAUUUGACUAUUGAUAAUGCAUUUGAUGGAGAAUAUUACUCCAAGUUUGUUAAUUUAAAAAGAUUUCAUAUAAAUGUUCUGAAAGGUAGAAAUUUUAAAAUUGAACAUGUACCAAAGAGUGUCACAUCAUUAAAGAUUACAGUCAAUUCAACCAAUAAAUUUAACGACUUUGAUGCUAGAAAUGGGCAUGUUAAAAUUAAAGCAAGACAAGAUUGGCCACCUCAACUAAAAUCUUUAUCACUUGAUGAUCUGCGAAAUAAAACUAGAGCAUUUACUGAUUUAUUAAAUAAAUUACCACUCAAUCUCCAGCUGUUGAGUAUCUGCGGGCAUUCACAGUGUCAAGCUCUAUCACAGGUCUCAGAGUCAAUGUGUGAAUUGAGUUUAAAAUCCACGUUUCAAAUUUUAAAUGCUAGCCAUGUUGAUUUAAAUCUAGAAUUUCAUUCUAAACUCACGACUUUAAGUCUCGAUAAUCUAAAGAUGAUUUCUCUGACUAAAUCAUGUAAGCUUCCCAAUGGAUUAAAAAUAUUCCAUUUAUUUAGUUGUGAUUUUUCCUUAUCAUUAAAUAAUUUCAAGUUUGAUAAUUGUAAAUCAACUUUAAAACGUCUUCGAAUUAGUCGUUACAAAGAGCCAUUUGAAUUUAUCAACUUGAAUUUUAGUGUCUUUUCGAAUUUAACUGAUAUUUGCUUUAAUUCAUGUGGAAUUAAGAGUUUAACGCAUUUUAAACCACCAUAUUGUUUGAAAAAAUUAGAAAUCUAUCAUAAUCCAAUCUCAACCAUUGAUGAAUCAUGCGAUUUAUUCAAUAAUGAAAAUAGUUAUCCUAUGUUGCAAGAGGUAUUGAUUGAAAAUUGCAAAAUUUCAAAAAUUUCACCUAAUGUUGAAUGGCCCAUAAAUCUCCAACAUUUGACAAUAAAAGAUGAAAAAGUGAAAGAGUUUUAUUUUAAUGCUUCAAUUGCAAAACAUCAAUCAUUACGAAUUUUAACAUUAUCGAAAUUAUCUGCUAUUAAGUUUUGUGAUUGUGUUAAUGUGAAUAGUAAAUCAAAUUUUUCUCAGCUAGACCUUACUGUAACACAAGAUUUCCUUCCUACUUCUCCUUAUGAUUUACUUAAAUUUUACGAUAAAGUACAUUUAUUUCUUAGAAAAAGAGUUAUUGAUAGAAAACAGAUAAUUUAUAAGUGUGGAACGUUACGAUUAUUUCUUGGUGAUCUCAAAUGA